CACAUUGUUGUAUUAUUAUCAUUAUCAUUGUUAACAAAUAUACUCAAACUCUGAAACGCGGAAACGCCACAACAACUCUACGUUGUCUGUCGGCCGGUUAAUACAGUUUUUGGAUUUGCUGUACGGUCCUAAAUAUUUUACGUUUUGUGUAUCUACGUUUUAUAUUUUUAUUUCGUGCGUAAAAUGAACGCCAAAAGUCUAGGGUUUUUGUUUGUGUUCAUUGGUCCAGCGUAUUCAGAGACUUACAGUGAAGAAUUGUUCAUUAAGCCUUUGGCCACCGGUUUCGUGUAUUCGUUCUUUCAGUUCACAGUUAUUCGCGAAGAUGACUCUUUCAAGCAUUCCAUUCUGUUCCCACACUCGUUGGGAGACAUAAUCGAUAGAUUUCAUGUAGCAGAGCUCAAUGUCGACCUUACAUCUGGCCUGUGGAGACACAAGUCGUGGGGUUAUCCGGCCGUCGACGCCCCAUCAGGAGCUGAGAUAUCUGCUCGUUUCCACAAUGACACACAAGACGUGGACAAGCACUGGUAUGGACUUACAAACGCAUUGUCUGGUUUGCUGUGUACGUCGUUAAAUUUUAUCAACAGUGCUAAUAGCUAUGAAUCAUCCGCUGACAGGGUCUACCGAUAUUCAAAUUUACCGCGAGAAAAUGUUUGUACUGAAAAUUUGACACCGUGGAAAAAACUUUUACCUUGUGAUUCUACUCGAGGCUUGUCAAGCUUGUUAAACUCUGGCCGGGUGCACAAUGCCAACUAUCACUCCUUGGGAAUUCAUUUCAGGCCGUUAUGUAAUGCAGGGAAGUGUAAAUAUGAACUCCGUCAAACUGUUUCUCUAGUGUAUGAUUCAGUAUUUAUAAGUUUCAAUAACAACUAUGAUUGGUCUCUCCGCAAGAUGUUUGGUACUGGACUGUUCAAGACGUGUCCUUUGGCAGAUUACAGUAAAAUCUAUUUAGAUACAUCAUCAAAUAGUAGUGUUCCUUAUUUGAUUUCACAAGAACCAUAUUACUUUUUGAAAAACAAUAUUGCUGUUUAUAAUCUGAAAGGUAUAUUUCACCUAUCUGCUAUAGUGCCCAGACCAAAAAUAGUCGUGUCGGAAUUACGUCCAUUACUGUACACAGAUAGAUUUAUCACUGGAUUUGGACAAGAAUAUGGAGGAUUAGUUACCCGUAUAUACAAUGAUCAUAAGUCGCCUAUAAUCGCCACCGUCAUCGAGAAUAUUCCAUGGUUCCUACCAAUUUAUUAUCAUACAUUAAAAGUGACCAGCAAUGGUAUUCGUGUCAUACCCAAAGCUCUAAUUUACAAACCAGGGAAAGGAAGAGUAAGAAUUUACUAUUUAGAAAUAGUAUUAGAGCUUGCACCACGUUCAGUCACAGAAAUAUCUGUUCAGUUUGACUAUGUGUUCUUGAAAUGGCAAGAAUAUCCACCAGAUGCUAAUCAUGGCUUUUAUAUUGGCUCUGCUAUAGUGAAAGCCACAAUUCCGAGACAUGCAACUUCUCUAACAUUUGAUAAAUCAUUGAUUGUAGACAAUCUAAAUUCAACUGGAUCCGAUUACUUAAUUUGUUUGAAAACGGAAAAUUUCAUCAUUACACUACCAACGCCUGAUUUCAGUAUGCCUUACAAUGUCAUAUGCUUAGCUUGUACUGUAGUAGCAUUGGCGUUUGGUCCAAUUCACAAUAUUACUACUAAAAGACUGAAAUUGACUACAGCUAAGUAUGUGCCUGGUUUAGCGUCAGUUGCACAGAAAUUGUAUGUUUGGUUGGAAAAUAUAUUUUGGAGUAAAAAUAAAAACAAAACAGGAAAAGCAGCAGUAGUUAAAGUAUUUGCUCCUGAAGAAUUGAGUUACCAUCCAACAUUAGGACAUGUAUCUGAAGAAUUCAUGAAAGACAAACAAGAUUAUAAUAUAGAAUCAUAAUUAUAUAACUCUUUUUUGUUGUAAAUAUUAUAUAUUUAAUUUUAUAAAACAAAUGUUACGUUACCAAAUUUAUCUAUUGUGUACAUUUUUAAUUUAAUAACUUAUUUUCUGAAAUAGGUAAUAUAACCAUAUGUGUCAGGGAUGGCGAAUGUCCAAUUUGGUACUCGAAAAAUUAAAAUACUUAAUUUUAUUUUAAUUAUAAAUUAUAAGAUCAUUUUUCUAAUUAUUUAUAUAUAUUUCAUACUUGAAAAAAGAAAAAAAAACAUGUGAUUUUUGAUACGUAACGUUAGAGAAAUUUGCAAUCCCUGAUAUAGGUAGCUAUGCUAUUUCAUUGUAGCUUUUUUUUAAAAAAAUUUUCUUUAUUUCAUAAGUGAACAUAUAAUGUUCUGUAUUUGAUUAUUUAUUUUAUUUAUAAUAUAAUAUUUAGUAACCGUGGUUGGCCUGAUAUUAUAAAUAAUAAUAUUAAUGUCCAUUUUAAAAUUCAACUUCCUUGCUGUACUUUCAUAUCUUUCAGUUAUACAUUUUUUUCUAUUUUUAUUCGUUCUUUAUAUUAUUCAAUAGGUAGUAUCUCUAUGUAUUGAUAGCCAUGAUAUAAAUUAUUUUGUGGCUUAUAGAAUUGUGUUUUCUACCUAUUAAUUUAUGAAAUAUCACUUAUGUACAUAAUUAUAAUAUAUUUUAUUACUUAUUUUAUGUUAACACUAAUAAAUAAUAAUUGUAGAGUUGGUUAAGUAACUAUACCUUAGUAUACCUUUACUAUACCUAGUACCUAUACCUUAUAUUUUAUGAGGUUAAAAUGUCUAAGUAAAAAAUAUAUUAUUGUAAUAUUGUU